UGGCUGCUGGAUGGCUAGCAUUCGUGUAUCAGUACCAGGCAAUGUCUGAAGGAUGGCAAUCCACAAUAUCUCUGGGAAUUACUCUUGUAAUCCUAUACUGACGCCCCAUUUAACCAGACUGUACUUUGUAGUACUCAUUGGAGGACUGGUAGGUGUCAUCUCUAUUUUGUUCCUGCUGGUGAAGAUGAACUCCCGGUCUGUGACCACCACGGCAGUAAUUAACCUGGUGUUGGUGCAUGGAGUUUUCCUGUUGACAGUACCUUUCCGCUUGACCUACCUUAUCAAGAAGACUUGGCUGUUUGGCUUACCCUUCUGCAGAUUUGUGAGUGCCAUGCUGCAUAUCCACAUGUACCUCACAUUCCUCUUCUAUGUGGUGAUCCUGGUCAUCAGGUACCUCAUUUUCUUCAAGCACAAGGACAAAGUGGAAUUCUACAGAAAGCUGCAUGCUGUUGCUGCUAGUACGGCCAUGUGGCUUUUGGUGAUUGUCAUUGUGGUGCCCCUGGUUAUUUCUCAGUAUGGGAAUAAGGGGAAGUACAAUGAACAACACUGUUUUAAAUUCCAGAAGGAACUUAUACAGGAUUAUGUGCAAAUCAUCAACUAUAUGAUAGUCAUCUUUGUCAUAGCCACUGCAAUGAUUCUUCUGGUUGUCCAGGUCUUCAUCAUUGUGUCCAUGGUGCGGAAGUUGCACCACUCCUUUCUAUCCCACCAGGAGUUCUGGGCUCAACUGAAAAACCUAUUUUUUAUAGGCAUCAUUCUUGUUUGUUUUCUUCCCUAUCAGUUUUUUAGGCUCUAUUACUUGCACAUUGUGGCACACUCUAAGGACUGUAAUGACAAUGUUGCAUAUUACAAUGAAAUCUUCUUGAGUGUAACAGCAAUCAGUUGUUGUGAUUUGCUGCUCUUUGUUUUUGGGGGAAGCCAUUGGUUUAAACAAAAAAUUAUUAACCUAUGGAAUUGCCUUUUGUGCUGUUAACCAAGAUUAUAGUAUUCAUUUAUAUAUACAUAUAUGUAUAUAGCUACACACAUACACACACAUAUGUAUACAUAUAUAUAUAAUACACAUGUAUAUAUGGAAUGAAAAUGGGCAAAAGAGGUAAGAAUUGUUUUAUAUUGCUUGAUCAAAACUUUGCCUAGAUCCAGCCAAACAAAAGGACCAUAAAAUGUCAGGGAACUCAUCCCAGUCCUCAUUUGAUCCCUCUGGUCACUGAAGGAUGUCCACACAAAGAUCAGUGAUGGUGAAUCCACCUGAAGUUGCAAUACUGCAUUAUUUUCCCUGCAUUAUUUACACAAUGUCCAUGUGGCCCAUGUAGGCAACAUGAGUCUAGUGGGACAUUCUGAGUUUCUUGAUUUAAAACAUGGCCUUUUCUUAGGCUUUUGUUUACACUUAGGUGUCUAGUUUUUGGGUUUUUUUUGCACCCACUUCACCUUAAUUAGGUUAAUCUUAGUCAUAAGCCACCUCCAAAAAGAUGAACUCUACUUGGCCAGCCAGAUAAGAUGACCCAUUCUACUCACACCCUGGCAAAAAACAGAAUAAGGAGAGGAAAAGUAAGAAAAUUUUGAGAAUAUCUUAACUUUGGUGCUAGAAAUCAAUGCAAACAGAACUCAUGUACUUCUGCUGUUAAAAGUUUGUCUAGAUUUGUCUUUUGAAAGGUUGAGUUUAAGGACAAGGGGUUUAACUAUUUAAAAUCACCACUUGUACUGUUUUAUCCCAAAUCAUGCUUGCUGAGCAUGCCUAUGAAAUGGUGAAGCAACCAUACAGGAUAUUCCUGACUGAUGUGCUCUGAGGCAUUAAAACAAGUUCCUAUGGGAGGUGAUUGAAUCUUUUUCCUUUUCUGUUUUGUUUUUUGUUUUUUUUUAAGAAUUUCUAGAUGUCUUGGGCCACAGUUGAUUUAGAUUACAUUUGGAAAUAGAAUGUUAUGCUGAGAUAUUUAGAAUUCCAUUCCACUCUUAAAGUUAUUAAAAGUGUUUUUAUAUAAUGAAAAUUACAUUCUUAAAAAGAAGAACUUUUGAGAAAUAUAUGGAAUAACCAUUGAUUUAGACUCUGUGAGACUAACUUGAAUGGCAAUGUUUUUCUGGAAUAUUUGAAGAAUGGAUGAGUAAAUAUAUAUGAAAUUAAUAAAAUUGUAAUGUGUUAGAAUAUUGAAUAGUGUGGAUUUUCUUACCAAAUUCUGAGUAAUAUUUUGCAAUUUGAUUGAUAACAUAACU